CUCUUAUACUAAUGGAUAUCAACAAAGAAGGUUCAAAUAAGGCUUGUGCUUCUUGCAAAUACCAAAGAAGAAAGUGUACUAAAGAAUGUCCUUUAGCUCCUUAUUUUCCAAUUAAUAAAUCAAAAAGCUUCAUCAACGUUCAUCGUUUGUUUGGAGUUUGCUACAUUUUAAAAUUGUUAAAUCGCAUCGAUGAUGAUAAAAAAGAUGAGGCAAUGACAUCAAUAAUUUUUGAAUCAAACAUUCGUGCUAAAUUCCCAAUUCAUGGAUGUGUCGGUGUUAUUAAUAUCCUUCAAGAAGAAGUAAUGAAAACUAACUGCGGUGAUGUGGAUGCACCAAGUGCAACUGAGGAAUUUAAUGCACAACAUCCAUUGAAUAUGCAACAAGAUGCACCUAAAUCCAGUUUGGGAUUAACUGAUCAAGACCUUUGAUAAAAAAGUUGUGGGCAUGGAGACAAGUGUUUCAUCUUAAACCACGGUAAAAUUUGAUUUGCUUUUUAUGUUCAUGUUGACAUUUAAAAUUCAAUGUUCAUGUUGAAUUUAGUUAUUUAAAUUGAUGGUAACACAU